UCACGCAUGAUGUAAUGGAAGUUAUUCAGUGCAGACGGAAUGCCCUUUUAUGCAUGUACGAUGAUACUUGUUUUGCCUUGGGAAGUUCCUGAGGCAGAGAAGGGAGUGGAUUAAAGUGGAAGGAGGGAGCGUUCGAUGGAGUGAAGCCAGCAGAGCUGCUGCACUCUGCACACUGUCAGCAACCCAGCAGCUGAGCUCUGCACGCAGACAUUAGACGGCAGAGCAGAAAAAAGACAUGAAAACCAUGUUCACUCAGGAUUCACAUCAUCAAAAACACACCGCUCCGGCAGGGGAGGACCAAGACACCGAACUGUGAGAAGACUGAUCAGCAUUGCAGAUGAACUGCUGCCAGCUGUGGGAUGUGAAGAUGUGGGCCUUGAUGGGAGCAGUCUGUCUAUGCCACUGUGUCUUUGGACAGCUGUUGGAGGCCAAACUGAAAGGAGCAACGCGCUUGAUCUGCAGUGUGCCCGGAUCGCCCGGACUGCCUGGCAAACCCGGUCCCAGUGGGCCUCCUGGAACUGAUGGGAAUGUGGGUAUUCCAGGACGAGAUGGCAGAGAUGGUAGGAAGGGUGAAAAGGGAGAAAAGGGAGACACAGGGUUAAAAGGUAGAGUUGGCCCAACAGGCAAGAUUGGCGAGCGAGGGGAUCGUGGACCCACUGGGAAACGAGGGCCUGCAGGCGAAGCUGGAGAUGUGGGCCCACUUGGUCCCCUUGGUCACAGUGGACAAAAAGGGGACAAGGGUGAACAAGGCCCACCUGGAACUGCAGGAAUCUGCAAAUGUGGAAGCCUGUUGCCAAAAUCGGCUUUUUCUGUUGGCAUCACCAGCAGCUAUCCUACAGAGAACACACCCAUCAAAUUCAACAAAGUCCUGUUCAGUGAGGGUGGGCACUACAACCCGCAGACAGGGAAGUUCAUCUGUGCAUAUCCGGGCAUAUAUUACUUCUCCUAUGACAUUACUCUGGCUGAUAAACACUUGGCCAUUGGGCUAGUGCACAAUGGCCAGUAUCGUAUCAAAACAUUUGAUGCUAAUACAGGAAACCAUGACGUGGCAUCUGGAUCCACUGUAAUGUAUCUGAACCCUGAAGAUGAGGUGUGGCUGGAGAUCUUCUAUCAUGAGCAGAAUGGUUUAUUUGCUGACCCAGGCUGGGCUGACAGCUUAUUCUCUGGUUUCCUCAUCUAUGCUGACACAGAGUAUUUUGAUGCACUGGCAGAGGACUAUACAUAAAACCUGGACACAACACAACAAAGCUGUCAUCACUACACUUUAAUGUUUAUUACACAUACUAUGGUAUGUCAACCUAUAUUUUUGUACAAAAUAUAUGUAAUAUUAUACUAUUACUACAAUGACAAUCUACUGAUUUGUUAUUAGAUUACUUUUAAAAGCUUGAAUAUGUU